UUCUUUUCCCCGUGAGCCGCCAGAAGAAAAUUUGUUUAAAUGAAUCAACUGUGUAAAUAUUAAGUAGCAAUAAAAUUAUCAACCAGAACAUAAUGUGGGUGAGAACUUCGAAAAGGACGCUAGCUGCGGCAUUGAAAAAUAGUGGAACACAAAGAAAAUUCCAUUAUCUACUACAAAGAUGUGGAUAUGCUACAGCAACAACUCCACCACCUCCUAGACCACCUGGAGAAGAACGUCCAAAAGAAGGAACUGUCACUUCGUUCCCUCCUCUAUCGGAGCCCAUUCCAGGAUUACCUACACCAAUAUAUUCUGAUGCGAAGGAACUUGAUCAGGAAACUGAAGUUACAGUGUUAUCCAAUGGUUUACGAGUAGCUUCUGAAAAUCGCUUUGGACAAUUCUGUACAAUAGGAGUCUUAAUCGACUCUGGUUCUAGAUAUGAAGUAGCAUACCCUAGUGGCAUAUCACACUUUUUAGAAAAACUAGCUUUUGGUUCAACAAAAUCAUAUAGUGAUAGGGAUGAAAUAAUGUUGGCAUUAGAAAAGCAUGGUGGAAUAUGUGAUUGCCAAUCUACACGAGACACAUUUGUGUAUGCUGCAUCUGCAGAACGCCAUGGUAUAGAGAAAGUUACUGAAGUUUUGGGAGACACCGUUUUAAGACCAAAAUUAACAGAAGAAGAGGUUGGGAUUGCAAGACAAAUUAUUCAAUUUGAGCUUGAAGCUUUGUUGACAAGACCAGAACAAGAACCUCUGCUGAUGGAUAUGAUUCAUGCAGCUGCUUAUAGAGAUAAUACAUUGGGAUUACCAAAAAUUUGCCCAGAAGGAAACAUCAAUAAAAUUGAUAGAAAAAUUUUGUUCACUUACUUGAAACAUCAUUACACUCCAAAAAGGAUGGUUAUUGCUGGUGUAGGAGUAGAGCAUAAACAAUUAGUCGAUGCUGUAGAAAAGUAUUUUGUGGAUCAAAAAGCAAUUUGGGAGGAGGACACAAAUCUUAUUAUCUCUGAUAGGUCAAAAAAUUUUGUUGAUGAGUCAAUUGCCCAAUACACUGGAGGUUACGUCUUGGAAGAAUGUAAUGUUCCUGUAUAUGCUGGGCCUAGUGGAUUACCUGAAUUAUCACACGUUGUUAUUGGUUUAGAAGGAUGUUCGCAUCAAGAUACAGACUUUGUGCCUAUGUGUAUAUUAAAUAUGAUGAUGGGUGGUGGUGGUAGCUUUAGUGCUGGUGGGCCAGGAAAAGGAAUGUAUACAAGAUUGUAUACAAACGUACUGAAUAGAUAUCACUGGCUGUACAGUGCGACAGCAUAUAAUCAUGCUUAUGCCGAUACUGGUUUAUUCUGUAUUCACGCAUCCUCGACACCAUCUCAUGUACGAGAAAUGGCAGAAGUUAUUGUACACGAAAUGGUUGGAAUGUCAGAGAAUUUAUCGGACAGUGAAUUAUCACGAGCCAAGAAACAAUUACAGUCAAUGCUGCUUAUGAAUCUGGAACAAAGACCUGUUGUGUUUGAAGAUAUGGGUCGACAAGUUCUUGCGACUGGUGUCAGAAGACGUCCUGAAUAUUUUAUUAAUGCGAUUGAUAAUGCAAGUAAAGACGAUAUCGUUCGCGUAGCUCGUCGCCUUCUCAAAUCUCCGCCAAGCGUUGCAGCACGAGGUGAGGUGAGAAACGUUCCACCGAUUACGGACAUUCAAGCAGGUCUUUUGGACGCACACGGUAUUGUUCCUGGAUCUCGCAGUAGACUAUCACUUUUUCGUUGAUGACACAAAGGCAAACUGGCAGAACUUCUUUAAAUAUUUUUUCAAAAGUAUUCCCUAAUUAACAAACAAAACCGUGAAAGUAAUCCACUGACUUGAUGAAUUAAUAAAAAAAAUAGAAUAACGGAUCGAACUUUGACGAAAUAGUAACAGAGUUCUUUCUUUCUGUUAUCUUCUCUUACUGCUGAUAAAGAGGAGAAUGCGUAUACGUUAUGUAUUUAUCGCGUAAGAUUUUUUUUAUCAGUUCCACUUGUUUUAUUUUAUAGGAUACAUAUAAUUUACAUGCUUAAUAUACCAAUUAAUACGUUCUUUAUUGUACAUUUUCGUUCUCGUCGCUUGUCAGAGAAUCGUUUGUAUUCUUCGAUUCAAGCAUAUGCAGUAUCUCUUGAAGAGUGCUCUGUAAAUGUUACAUGGUAUUCUUAACGAGAACAUGCUUUGUUUAAUCUAAUAAAAAAUAAACUUU